AUGCUCGCUAAAUCAAUAUUAAAUAUAACUAUAAAAAAGAUUGAAAGAGAUCCUAUGAAAGGACCAAACAAUUAACAGUAACUUUAAAAAGUGGAGCAGAACAUUUAGGAGAUUGGGGUGGAAAUAAAAGAGAAGGAUAUGGGAUCUUAAAAUGGCCAGAUGGUUCAGAAUAUGAAGGAAAAUGGAAGAAUAAUCGAGCUCAUGGGUAAUGUAAGUUUAUUUAUCCUGAUAGAGACUAUUAUGAAGGAUAGUGGGAAAAUUAUAAAUAAAAUGGUAGAGGGACAUUCUAAUCAAUAAGUGGAUGUAAAUAUGAAAGACAGUGGGAUUAUUUAAUAAGGAUAUGGGACAGAAGUUUGGGGAGAUGGGAAUAAAUAUGAGGGAUACUUUUAUGAAGGAAUAAAAUAAGGUUAGGGAACUUACAUUUGGAAUGAUGGUUCAAAAUAAACAGGAUUUUGGAUUAAUAAUAAGAGACAUGGAUAAGGAUCUUAAGUAUGGAAGAAUGGUAAAAAAUAUAAUGGAGAGUGUUUUGAAGAUUUUAUGAGUGGUUAAGGUUAAAUUAAAUGGCCUAACGGUUAUUGUUAUGUUGGAUUAUUUAAUAAAGAUGUUCCUAAUGGUUAUGGUAUUUUAAAACGGUCAAAUAUUAUAUAAUAAUUAUUGUUAGAUGGUAAGACUUAUGAAGGUGGUUUUAAAUAGUCAAAGGCAAAUCGGAAGGGUAAGGUAAUCUUGAAUAAUGGUUAGAGUAGGUUUGGAGAAUGGCAUGAAGGAUAAUUGAUAAAAUGGUUUGAUAGCAGUUUAGAUAAAUAAAAAGAAAACUUUGAUAUACUAAAUUUAGAAGAUUUAUGA